CUCUCCCUCUGUGUCUGCGGGCGCUCUCUCUCUCUCUCUUUCCCCAUUCUCCAAUUCCCUUCUCUCUCCUCCCUUUCCCUCUCUCACUUGAAGCAGUCGUCUCUCUCUCUCUCCCUCUCUCUCUCUCUAUGCUUAUCUACGGACUCGCGUAAAGCAAUCAAUCGGGAAGGCGGCGGCAAUAAGCGAUGUUCGGAGGCUCGUCCAAGGUCGGCCGCGGCGGUGGCCGAGGCGGGGCCGGCGGGGGCUCGAAGCGAUUCCCGGCUCCUCCGCUGCAGCCUACGCGCCCCGCCCUCCCAUCCGCCGGACGCCUCUCCCUCUCGGGGGGCCCUCGGAACCGUAACACUGGGCCUGCCGCAGCGGCUCCUCCGUCCGUGGAGGAGACCUUCAGCCUCGUGUCGGGCAACAACCCCCUCGCGUUCGCAAUGAUUAUAAGGCUGACGCCUGACUUGGUGGAAGAAAUCAGGCGGGUGGAGGCUCAGGGCGAGACCGCGAAGAUCAAAUUCGAUGCAAAUCCGAAGAACCCGAGUGGCAAUCUUAUCAAUGUUGGGGAUAAGGAGUUCCGCUUUACAUGGUCAAAGGAGUUCGGUGACCUUUGUGACAUAUAUGAGGAAAAGAAAAGUGGUGAGCAUGGCAAUGGUUUGCUUGUUGAAUCUGGAUGUGCGUGGCGCAAGCUGAAUGUGCAGCGUAUCUUGGAUGAGUCAACCACAACCCAUGUCAAGAUGCUAUCAGAGGAGGCUGUGCGCAAGACUAAAGCACGGAAGGCUAUUGUCUUGGACCAUGGGAAUCCUGUUAUGAAGAGUCAAAUAAAGCAACUAGCUGCUGUUGAGGCCACUUCCAAUUGGAGAAUGGGGUUUAAAAGGAAAGAACCUCCUCCCAAAAAGCGCAAAGUGGAUCCACCACAUGUUUCUUCUGGAAGUCUUAAACCUGCAUUUAAGCCAGGAUUAUCCUCAAAUCCAAAAAUUGCUGGGAAAGGUAUACGUGCAAUCUCACCUAUAGCUUCUUCCCCUGACCAAUUCCGAGCAUCAGCAUCCCCGUCUGCGGCUGUAAAUAUCUCUAAGACUAAUGCCACUACUGAGGAUGCUGGGCCUAGUGGUCAGUUGAGCAAAGAGGAUACUACCACUGCGGAGAGAGAGAUCCCAACCAAGCCUAGUGUUAUGGCAUCUGAUAGGUCAGGACACAAAGUAGACAUUGGUUCCAAGCCUAUGGAUUUGCAGAGCAUGCUGAUUAGUCUACUCAAGGACAAUCCAAAAGGGAUGAGCAUAAAGGCCUUGGAAAAAGCAAUUGGAUAUACAAUUCCAAACUCUGGAAAAAAGAUUUUAAGCCGGAUUGCAACUUAUCAAGCUCCAGGAAGAUAUUUGCUAAAACCUGGAGUGGAGUUGGAAGGAUUUAAGGGACCAUCACCAGGAAGUGGAAGCUCUUUUGAAGAUGACAAUAACCAAGUACCAACAUUUGAAGAGAAUUUCGAUCAGACUCCUGGACCAGAACCUACCUUUCCCAAGGAAGUACAACCAAAUAACGGGCUUGCCCAAGUAAAUUCUGCAGUUCAAGGAGAUUUAGACGCAUCAGAGAAUGUUGAUAUUGAACAGCAUUCACCUGACCUUUUUGGGGACAAGAAGGAUUCCAAUAACAGUGAUGGGCGGGCAGACAGCUCCAGUGAUAGUGGAAGUGACAGUGACAGUGGUAGCAGUAGCAGUGAUAGCAGAAGUGACAGUGGAAGCCCAAGCAGAAGCAGAAGCAGAAGUCGGAGCAAAAGCCCCAUUGGAAGUGGAAGUGGAAGCAGCAGUGAUAGUGAUAGUGAUGCUUCUUCCAAUCAGGAGGGAUCUGAUGAAGAUGUGGAUAUCAUGACCAGUGAUGAUGAUAAAGAACUGAAGCAUAAUAUUCAAGACCCAGGACCCGCAUUUCCUGCUUCAACCCCUGAUGGUGGAAUUUUGGAUAUUGAUGGGAUUGAUGAGAAGCAUGAUGGGCUUGAGUCAGAUACUGUGGACAUUGAUGUCGUUGAUGAAGGGGACUAUGGACAUGGGGCAACUGCUGAAGAAACGAAGCAUAUCUCACCCGGUCAAAAUCGCGAGCGGCAGAAUUUCAUUGGGAGUUUGUUUGAUGAGGAGGAAACUGCGUAUGAGGACAACUUCAAGCAGGAACAGUCGGACAGUUCUGAGAGAGCUUCGAGAGGUCAAACUACAAGAGCAUAUAAUUCCAGGCACUCCGAUGUGAAUUCUGAACGGGUGAAAAGAUUGAAGACAGAAAAUUAUUCUCAAUCUGCAGUCCCACAGGGUGGCGAUGGCCAUUAUUCUAUGAGCCCUCGUGAUUUAUCUCCCGGUAGGCAUAAUGAGGAUCUGUGCCAGAGUCCUGCGGGUAGAAUGCCGAACAGAGUUGACAGAGAUGUGAAUACUCGGUUUAGCAUUCAAAAGGGAAGCCAAGCAUUUUCUGAAAAGCCUAGUUUGCAUUCACAACAACUGAGCCGUAGAUCACAUGAUCAAGGCUUUUCAGGAUCAAUGACCAAUGAUAUUUCAGGUAGACCAAAUAGGCAAGCAGAGAGCUGGAGCCAUGGGCGUAUCCCCAUGCAAAAGGAAAGAUUGGUUAUAGAAGCUCAGUCUGAAGGUUAUGGUGCUGCUGAAAGGGGGCCAAGGAGUAACAAAGAAGGCAGUGGUGGCAAACAUUCUGUGCCCUCUGAUUCACCUUAUGAUAAAUCUGGUGAGACAGCAGGAAAUAAUCUGAAGAAUGUUGGACAGGUCUCGAGUAUGCAGAUAGGGUCUUCUCGAAAAGAUAUUAAUGGAGCUGGAGUAGAAAGAUCUGCUCUUGUUAAUGGAAGAGGAGGUGCUAUACUGCAAAGGGAGUUUUCGGGCUUGGAGUUGGGUGAACUACGUCCUGAGGAGGCUCCAUUGAAGAGGCCAUUUGAAAGGAAAGGCUCAUUUAAGCAGUCAGAACACAAAUCCAACAAUUCAGAAAACCGGAGCAUGGACCCGGGCAGACGGAAAACGCCUGGGAAGUUGAACAUCGACUCAGGCAAGCCAUCAACGCCAAAUUUAUCUAGAAAGCGAACAACAGAACGUCGAGAAGAUGACUCAACAGUGCCUGUUCCGCAAGGGAUGCAGUCUCAAUUGCAAUAUCCUACCAAGGGAGAUCAUGGAGAUGGCAGUGCACAGAUAAGUAAAAAGGUGAAUGUUAGUAAAUCUAUGAGGAAUGGGCCACAACAACUUGAUUCUACACAGGGUUUGUUGUCUCAGUCUGUGAAAGAUAGCAAAAAUCAAGCAGGUAAUAUAAACACGUGCAUGUCCAAUGGACAGAAGGAGGCAGGUUCUGCUGAUUAUGGUGGUGGCCUGAAGCAGAGAGAAUCUUCUUCUGAUGAAAAUAGCUGCUCUUAUUCAAAGUAUGACAAGGAUGAGCCCGAUCUAAAGGGGCGGAUAAAGGAUUAUUCACAGUUUGAGGAGUAUGUGCAGGAGUAUCGGGAUAAAUACGAGAGUUAUUGCUCCAUCAACAAGAUUCUGGAGAACUACAGAAACAAGUUCCAGAAGAUGGGGAAAGAACUUGAGUUUGCAAAAGGUCGGGACUUGGAAAGAUAUAAUAAAGCUUUGGCACAGUUGAGGGACUCCUACAGGCGGUGUGGAGUGAAACACAAGAGGCUGAAGAAAAUAUUCGUCGUGCUUCAUCAAGAGCUUAAGCACCUUAAGCAGAUGAUGAACGAAUUUGCACAAACAUAUUCGAAGGACUGAAGUUGUUUGUUCAUCACAUGCGACACACUGAAAGCUUAUUUGGGCCUUAAAUCGGGAAAAAGUUCUGUGGCGCUCAGAGUAUUCGUUCACUGCAGUAAUUAUCAGGAGUGUUUCUUCCUGCUCAUUCCUAUAGAUCCCCAUCCCCUUGGCCCGUGAACAGAAAUUAACCUCCCUCGAGCUGCUGAAUCGCCCAUGCAACAAUUUUUUCAAUGUCGAAGGGGAUGCAAUCAAAGAAGACUGCAGCUGUAAUCAGUUUGCACAUAAACUAAAAAUUUUGUAGUCAGUCACCAUUGUUAUUGUUAUUGUUAUUGUUAUUAUUAUUAUUUUUUUUUUUGUUAUUACUUUUCCUUUAUGGCUUUUUUCCACACUAAUCUUUUCCCCUCUGUGUUGGUGCUGGGACAACCUCGUCCCCUGAUUGGGAGUAUAGAAAUCGAUGUAAUUAAACCUGUUUAGUGGUAGCAGUUGCUGAUGUUCAUAGAAAUAUAAUUAACUCCAUUCUUAUCUCCUUCAUUUCGGGAAAGUUAAUGUAAACUAGUCGGUUCUGUUA